AUGAAUAAUCAAUAUUGCUCUGUGCAUAAGACCACACCUUACAAUGUAGUCUUUGGACAAUUGUCUCAUAGUGAUACUAAUAUUGUCGAUAUUUUAGAAAAUGACAAUCGUGAUGAUCAUAAUAAUUCUUUUGAAAAUGAAGAAAGUGAAUCUUUUGAAAAUGAAGAAAGUGAAUCUUUUAAAAAUAAAGAUUUGCUUGAAAAUGAAUUAGAUCUACAUUAUUUCUUGCCAGAAAGUUCAGAGGACGAAUUAGACCCAAGUUACUUUUUAGCAGAGGACAACGAAAAUUAUUCUUCUGAGGAAGGAGUUAGUCCAGAAAUAAUGGUUAUAUCAGAUAAUAGUGAUGCAGAAGUAGAAACUAUCUAUCAAAAAGGAAAAACAAAGGCUAAUCUUAUUGAACCGCAG